ACCCGCACCUCGCCACAGCUCUGAGUUCCGCUCCACCAGUCACCACUCACACUCACUAGAAGCUCCUCUGUUUCUCUCCAAGAAAAGAUCGGGGGGAGGUGCUCUGUUUUGUCCGAUGGCGACCGUGGCACAGGAGGCUACUGCUCCGGCGAUGGCCGGAGCCGGCGAAAAGGCGGUGGCGGAGAAAGUUGCAGCGCCGGUGGAGGCGGGCGCUGGCGAGGAGGUUGCUGUGCCGGAGCGGGAGAAGGUGGAUGACGUGAAGGAUGCGGGUGAGGGCGAGGAGGUGGCUAUGGAUGUCGCCGGCGGUGAGGCGAAGAAGACGGAGGACGAAGGGGACGAGGCGGAGAAGCCGGAGGUGGAGCUGGAUGAGCAGGGGAAGGGGAAGGAGAAGAAGCCGAGGAGCAGGAAGCCCCGUCCGGCGGGGCCGCACCACCCGCCAUACUUCCAGAUGAUCAAGGAGGCGAUCAUGGCGGCGGGCGGCGGCAAGGCGGGGGCGAGCGCGCACGCGAUCGCGAAGCGCGUCGGGGAGCGGCACGGGGACGCGCUCCCGGGCAACUACCGCAAGGUGCUGGCCGCGCAGCUCCGGAGCUUCGCCGCCAAGGGCCGGCUCGUCCGGGUUAAGGCCUCCUUCCGCCUCGCCCCCGCCGAGGAGAAGAAGGCCCUGCCGGCCAAGAAGACGACCGCCACCACCAACGCCACCGAGAAGGCCGCGUCGAAGAAGGCGGCCCCCCCGGCGCCGGCGCGCGCGAAGAGGGCGAGGAAGAAGGCGGGGCCGCCGACGGCGAAGCCGAAGCCGAAGCAGCCCAAGUCGAUCCGCGCCCGGAAGGCCAACAAGGCCAGCGCCUGAUUCCGAUCGCCGCCGCCGAUGCCGAUGCCGUGUCCCUGUCCCCUGUACAUAUCUCGGUAGUGGUAGAGACAGUAGUCGUAUGGAGUGCUGGCACGUUCGAUCGAGCGCCCUGUUCUGUAAAUACGGCCCGUGUGCGCGCGUGUGUGUUCCCGGAAAUAAUGGCGCUCUCUGUGUUCCGGCGUCGAUGUGUGGAAGGAAGGAGAAGAUGGUGAAUGUGGCUGUGACUGCAAAUCUGUGAGACUGAUGUUUGUAUCA